AUGGAGAAAGAAUCCGUCCAAACUGUUCUCAGUUACGAGCAUCAAAGGGAGAUCGGGAAGUCUGGGUUCAGGAAAGGGCAUGGGAGCCGAGCUAGCAGAAAGGUCGUUUCCAUGAGAAGCAGCCCAGAAGAGCAACGCUGGGAGAAGCCCAAGCCAGUCUUAAGGGCAAUAUCUGCCUUUGAUCAGAGGAGCCAGAGCAUGCAGCACACAGAGCCUGAGACAGACUGCAUCACCCCUCAGGUGAAGCCAAGGGGUGAGAUGUUUGUGUUUAUUGAUGGAAAAUGGGUGAAUGACAUCUACUGCCAGCCACCCUUUUCUUCCCACCAGAAACUCUUUAGCAAGAAGGCACAGAAUGAGUGGAGCAUCUGGGAGGAGAACAGAGCACUCUGGCAGGAAAACCAAGUCCUCUGGAUCAAAAACAGGAUGCUCUGGGAAGAAAACAAGGCCCUACAGUAUCUCCAGUCACAGAACAAAUCUUCCCAGGUAAUUUACACUGAUGCUAUUCAGCAAAGCCUCAAGAGCAAAAAUAAGCCAUUUCCACUCUUCCAAGAGAAGAGCACAGGUGUUCAGCUCAGCUUGGGCAACAAAGCUCUCCAGGCAGUCCAGGGAAAGAAUAAAAUCUUUGAGGAUUUCCAACAGGAGAAUAAAGCACUCCCUGUUAACUGGAAAGGCCAAAAAGCCAUCACUGUCCAUGAAGAGAGCCAAGAUGCCCACUCAGAUCUUCAGAAGAACACUGAUGCCAUUGCAGCUGUGGAAAAGGGUAACCCUGGCCCAGUGCCCCAGCAGAAACAUGAAAGUAAAAGGAAGAGCACUAUUCCAACUCAGAAUAAGAUCGAGUCUGCCCCACGAAUGCCAGGAGAGCAUGAAAUCCUCCAGGUUCUCCAGGAUUUGUGUGAGCUUCUCCACACCUUCCUGAAAAUGAACCCUCCUCCUAAGGAGAAACAGUGCUGUCACAAUCUCUAUGAUGUGAAGAGAUCCUUCCAAGAAGAUUACAAUAAACUGAAGCUGCAGCUGAAUGCUGUGAAAAACACUGUGUCAGACAUUACAGCUCAAAUGGAUCUGCUGGAAAAGGAGAUCCUUGCCAUCACUUCCCCAGUGUAUGAAGAAGCAGGGCAGAAGCUGACAACUGAGCAUCAGCUUGGAGACAUGUGAAGCAUGUGAAGCUUGGGGUCAAAAACUGCUAGUUCAUUUCCCAGAAAGUUUUUUCUUUUUUUUUUUUUUCAGGAAACCUAAUAAAAUCCCAAUAGACCCUGAAGAUAUCUGGGGAACAUUGUGUCUUUCUGAAACUUUCUUGCACUACUUCGAUAUAUUUUUCCUUCUGGUUAUAUGGUGUAGGUGACUGUCAUGAAUUUGC